ACGCAUGCUUUUCCUAAAUCAGUUAUCCGUUGAAGCUGGGAAGCAGGAAGAAAUGGAGGCUUUACUGGAAGCAGUGCAAAACUUUGGCCAAGAUGGUUGCAGCAGUGCCCUGACCACCUGCGAGGCUGAAUUACAAGAAUUGAUGAAGCAGAUCGAUAUUAUGGUGGCACAGAAAAAGUCUGAAUGGGAAGCGCAGUUCCAGUCGGUGGAAACGAGGCUGAAGGUCCGAGAACAGGAGCUCAGUGCCUUUCGACUAUUGCUUGACCAGAAACACACAGAGGUGGGAAUAUUGAGACAGCAGUUGCAGGACAAUGAAAAGGUUCAACAUGAUAUGGUGGUGCAAUAUGAAGCACAGCUGAACGUAUUUCGGGAAGAGAUUGGAAAACUGAAGAAAAGCUAUGAGAAGUUGCAGAGACGCCAGUUGAAGGACAGGAAGGAGGAUGUGAGGGACAGAAAAGAGAAGCAGGGCAUAUCUGAACUUAACAGGCUGAAUAAGAAGGUCGAGGAGUUUACAGAAAAGUCACUGGCCUGGGAGAAACAGCGGCUUUAUUAUCAACAACAGGUGGCAUCACUGGAUGCAGAGAGAAAGCUGCUGGCAGACCAGUGUAAAGCCAUUCAGCAACAGACUGUAAAAUAUCAGACGCAGCUCGGUGGUCAGAAACAGCUCAUUGAGCAGACUGAGCUAAUCAGCCAGUCAGAAAUGCAGCAUCUGAGGAGCCAGUUGGAGAGAGCCAAUGACACAAUCUGUGCAAAUGACAUGACCAUGGAGCGACUGAACAUGACAGUGGAUGAAUUAAAAGGUGCUAACCAGCAGUUUCAAGAGGGACAACGACUCUUGCAGGAAGAACUGCAACAAUUGCAGCAACUCAUACAGAAAUCAGUGGAGGAAAAUGAGGAACUGAAGACUAAGCUCCAAACACAAGAGGAUAUCAUUCAGAGUAAAGAUCUUCAGCAAAAGCAACUGUACAAGGAGUUAACUCGGUGUAAUGAAUUACUGCACGCCCGGGAGAAAGUAACCAGCAGAUCUCGAGAAGAAAACUUACUGGAGCAGCAGUGUAGUGACAUUUCCCACAGGCAGACUGAGGUACAACAGACACCUGUACAAUUCCAAGCAAACCUGCAAGGUGAAGUGGAUCUCAAGGAAGAAAUGAUACUCCUUCAGCACAGUUUAGAUUCAUCGAAUGAUCACUGUACAUUUCUGUCUGAGGAAAUUUUGAAAAAAGAGGAGGAACUGAGACAGAUGGACAUGGAGCACGGUAAAUGCAAGGCAGACAUUAAAAAGCUGAGAGACCAGUUGAAUUCCCUCGAGCAGCAACACCACUCUGAAUUGAAGGGAAUGAAAUUGGAGAUUGCACAGCUAACCACCGAACUGCACCAGCGGGAUUUAACAAUCGCGACGAUGAGUGCAGCCACCUCCAACAUGGAGCGACAGCUUCGAAAUGAAUUGGAUAAAACUGAUAGGAAAACAAAAGAAGUUAAGAUUACCCAAAAUCAGUUAGAGAACUUGAAAUUGGAAAAUGAACACUUAGCAGCAAAAUUAAAAGUAGAUGGGCAGAAUUGUUCAAUAACAGACCUUCAUGAUGGCUAUGUUUCAUCUGUGAGGCGACUGGAACAAGAAAACCAGCAGCUCCAACAAGAACUGACUGAUGUGAGAAGCAAGCUGGAGAUGUCAGCCAAGGUGUCUCAGGACAGAUACGAGAUGCUCUUGCUGCAAAUACAGAACAAGCUGACAGAUAUCAGAGAAACGGAGGAGAGACGAGUGGAGGAGCUCCAGCUUGAACAUAAGAAGGAACUCAGAGAGCUUCAGAACAGACUCCAGGAGAUGGCUGUCCACUCUGAAGGAGACAAACAGGCACUGCGAAGCCAGCAUCCGUGCUCAGAGUCUGAUUUCCCCAAUUUUACAGAGGGCCGAUUUACUGAGAGGGGCUUUUCCAAUGCCAUUCAAAGUGAUUCAUCUGAUGCUUCAUUUUCUGAAUCCCUGCACAGGAUCACCUCCUGUGUCAUCCUGUCUGCAGAUGAAAAUGAAGCAGAUUUUUCUGACAAUGUAUCAGGACAGUCUGUCCAUUCACCUCCCAGCGAACAAUUUCUGCCUUUGAGCCCAACAAUUGCAUCUACCAACACAUCAUUCGCGGUCAGGUUUCUUGAGGAAGAGGACAGGAGAUCACAGCAGCUCUUAAAACGUCUAGACAUGCACAUUGAGGAACUCAAAACUGAAAGCGAAAGAACCAUUGACAAAUAUGUUUAGUCCACUGUGAUCCAAACACAGCUCCCAGGCUCCAGAUAAUGGACAUUAUUCAGUGUGAGUCUGAAUAAAAUGGAGCUAUUGUGUGUACUGUCCAGCCUUGGUGAUUGUUACAUUUUGGUUCUUUGAACUGUACCUAAUGUAUAUUAGAGUAUGCAUUGACUUAUCCUUCUCCUGGUUUCUUAAUAACCUGUGGUACUGUAGCUUUUUGUUCAUCCUGACCAAAGUUACUGAUCUGUAAUCACGUUAGUCUAAAGCAGUGCAGCCGGCAUAUGCCUCAAAGUGCACUCUAUACCACUCUUGGAGGUUUACUUCAAGCUCUUAUUCUUCCCCUAAAAUCCAGUCUCUGUCCCUGAAUUUUUCGAUUUUCAGAGAUGGCACCGAGAAACUACUCCAGUGCCUACAACAGCCCAACUUUGCAAGUGUCAAGUGCAAGGCCAUGUUUACAUCAGUAUUUAUGAGUAAACACAUUUGUGAACCAUUUGAAGACUAUCAUUUGAAGACUCCAUAUUGGUGCUGUGCUAAAGACGUUGAAUUGGGCCUACUUGUCCAAUAAACUAGCCAAAACACAACAAUGGGUGCUUCUGUUAAAGGAAAGGAAACAAUAAUCUAUCUGCUUGACAGCUGUAUUUUGGUACAACAUUGUGGCCCAAGAAUGACCAGUAUUUUAGACAUGUCUGAAAUCAUGUUUACACUUUUUACACCAUUAUAAACUGGUGGAUAAAUGCCAGUUAACAAAUAGUUCAAACUCUAUCAAAAAGUUAGAGUUUUAUUCGUGCAGUCGAAGGAAUGAAACUGAUGAGUUCAGAGUCUGCUUUUGAUCAGUUUAUCCUUUGUCAGUUAUGUAUUGGUAGUAGGUUCCCAUGCCUAUUGGUCAGUAUUACUUAAAAGGACCUGCAUCUUCCUGAAAAGACUAAUCAAUGAAGCUAAUUGUUUGUUUUAUAAAGGAAACCUCCAGUGCUAAUUUAUAAUUGUAUAUUUAUGUACAUAAGAUUUAUCAAUAAACUUUAUACACAAUUGAA